AUGUCACGCAGGAGGAGGAGCUUGCUGGCCAGAGCAUAUGAGUUGGGGCACGAGAUUUUACUGUUCUCUGAUGCCCUCCCUGGUGGUUGCUGCAGUCAUGUUCGGCUAAGCAAAGAAAGACUUCGAAGCGAAUACAUACCUGAGGGCAUCCCAUGCUCCUAUGUUAGGGUUUUCAUCAAUGGCUAUCUUGCUGGCAACGCCUUCGCUUGCAGAUGGGAUCAUAAUGGCAAGACUGUUUGUUGGGUCACCCAGUUAGUAGUGCACCGUGACUACCGUGAUCGCUCCAUCACUACGGUCUCACUUGACUUCAUGAAGGAAAAUGCAGAAUCGAUAACGAGAGCGUCCCCUGUACAAUACGUUCGAGAUGCCACACUACGGGGUAGGCUCUUCAACCCUGAAGAUGACAGCAGUCUUGUGUCCAGUGUUGAUACUGGCUUUUAUGUCGACCACAGAGAGCCACUUGAGGCUUUGGCGUGGGUGCGAGAAUCAAGGGAUUGGCCUUUAGGUGAUCUAUUAGAGGGCCACGAGUUCCUCCUUAUUCUCGAGGGCAGGCGGCCCCCUCGAUUUCAGUCUCGAUCAGCGGCUCAAAGCAGGUCUGCCUGA